AUGCUCGCAGCCGCGCGCGCUCACGGCGGCGCCAGCGGCAACCCGAAGUGGCCGGCGGCGAGGCGGCGGGCUGCCAUGAAGCCGAGCCUGGCCGCCAAGCUGAAGAGCACCGUGGCGGGGAUCAUGCACGGUUCGCCCAGCGGGCCCCAGGCGGGCGUCGACAGGCGGGUGGGCGCAGCCGAGGGAACUCUCGACGAGCUGGCCCGCAGACGGGCGCGAGGCUCGGUGGAUGGCGCGCUGGCGAUGUGGGCGGCCGGUACCCAGCGCAUCAGAAUCGACGUUCGCGGGAUGAAGCCCCAGAGCGACAACGAUGAAGCCGCAACGGGCGCGCUCGGGUUCUUUCAUCCGUUCCGGGCAAAGCUCAAGGCGAAGACGAAACCGGUCCUGACGGGCAUCAUCAAGCCAGCCCUCGCCUUCGGGGCCUUCAUGGCGUGCAUGAUGUUCUGGUGGGUGCCUCUCUUCAUGGGCACCGUCGCGGUCAGCUCCCUCGCCGGGGCCGACGUGGAGACCAGGCAGGGCCUCCAGGCCGGCCGCGGCGACGGCAAGCGGGCGGAGCUGCGCCGGGCCUUCGAGGAGCGGAAGGCCCAGGAGGCGAGCGCGCGCGCCGAGCGCGAUGCCGCCGCGAGCCGGAAGGCCGAUUGA